GGAACGCUUCUUCAACAACUGCAGCCACCUCCGUAGCUCGCUAGCCAACAAAGUCGGAACAGUCAAGUUCUUUAGACAAUUUCGUGGUUCAUUUUCCACAAUGAUUUAAACACACUUAUGUGGAAACAACUAGCUACCCCAUUUAAUUUAAUAUUCAAGUUGUAAGUCAACUAGCUGGCUGGUUAAGUUAGCACUAGUCCAGUCGCUAAUACUAACUAGCUAACAUCCCCGAACAUGAGUUCACUAAGAUACUCUCCUGCUAAAGAAGAGAGGAUCUGUUGGACGGAGAAAGAAGUUAUCGUGAAAGAGGAGGAAGAAGAAGAGGCUGUUACACUACAAAAACAAGUAGAGGGUGAGGCUGUUACAGUGAAAGAAGAAGAGAAAGACGCCUUCAGAGUAAAAGAGGAAGGGGCUGUUAUUGUGAAAGAAAAGGAGGAAGAUGCAGUUUUUGGAAUGGAGGAUGAAGUGAAAGAAGAUGAAGACGUUUUGGGAAUGGAGGAUGAAGAGGGGGAGAUUACUGUCACAUUAGAGGAGGACGAAGAAGAGAAGACCGGAGAACUGAUUAACACCAGUAAAUACAGAGACAGACGGGACUAUCGUGGAUCCUCUGGGGAUCCUCAACAAUAUCAUGAUGCUGAUGAGGCAGAGAGUCUCUCCAGAUCAGAACUCCGCAAGAAACACCAGCAGAGAUUUAUAGGGAAGAAAUCUCACUACUGCUCUGACUGUGGGAAAAGAUUCAACUCUUCAUCAGACCUUAAAAUACAUCAACGAAUUCACACUGGAGAAAAACCUUAUGGCUGUGAUCACUGUGGGAAGUGUUUUACUACAUCUAGCUAUGUAACUAUACACCAGAGAACACACACAGGAGAGAAACCAUAUGUCUGUAGUCAAUGUGGGAAGAGUUUUAUACGGCUACAAACCCUGAAAGCACACCAUAGAAUACAUACUGGAGAAAAACCUUUUGGCUGUGAUCACUGUGAGAAGAGUUUUUCUACAUCUAGCUAUCAAAUUAUACACCAGAGAACACACACAGGAGAGAAACCAUAUAGCUGUAGUCAAUGUGGGAAGUGUUUUACACACAUCAAAAGCCUGAUAGUACACCAGCGGACACACACAGGAGAGAAACCUUAUAGUUGUAAUCAAUGUGGGAAGAGUUUUUCUACAUCCAGCUAUGUAACUAUACACCAGAGAACACACACAGGAGAGAAACCAUAUAGCUGUAAUCAAUGUGGGAAGAGUUUUACUCAGCUAAACAGCCUGAUAGUACACCAGCGGACACACACUGGAGAGAAACCUUUUAACUGUGAUCAAUGUGGGAAGAGUUUUGCUACAUCUAGCUGUCUGACGACACACCAGAGAACACACACAGGAGAGAAAUCUCUUAGCUGUAAUCAAUGUGGGAAGAGAUACUCUGAUAAAAGAUCACUGAUUAAACAUCAGAAAAUACAUGGAGUUGUUUCAUGAUAUCAAUGAAAUGAUGUCUCAAUGUAGAACCUAAAAGUUUGCCCCCUGUUCUAUUGAUUUCAGCAUGAUAUGGAUAUUAGCCUCAGCACAAAUCCAGGCUCUGAAUUGAUAAAGUACUAUUCAUAAGCUUUAACAAAAACUGACUAACAAAAAAUUAGUUGUGUUACACUUACCACGUUGGUAACCCACUUGAAUUAAAAUGCAACACUUCAACAUUUAGCGAGCUGUUUUCUACAAAUUGUCCUCUAACCAAUGCUGUACACAUUAUUCUCAGAUUCCGUGGUUUUUAAGCUCUUAACUCAUCGAUAUCAUGUUGAAAUCAAUUAUGACUGAUAAGUGUUGCAUUCCUUUGUUUAGCGACCCCUACAUUUAAAUGCAUCACUCCAAAAUGUAGCUGACUGUCUUAUGCAGGUUGUCCUUUAACCAGUGAGGUGAAAGAUUUAUCCUUCCAUUUGUUUUUUUAGUUGUGUUAAUUUCAACAUCAGGUACAACCUGAUUUCCCCCCUAAUUGAUAUCAGUGAUUUAUUGCUACGUGUCAAAACAACAGUGUUUCUGGUGCUUGUGCAGUUAAAAAGAAAAAGUAAUAUGAUUAUUGUGGCAGAUGUUUGUGUAUAUAGCACAUGUUAUGCAUAUUUGCAUAUUUGUUAUUGAUUUGGACAUGUUAAAACUGUGUUUUGUCAUUGGGGCUGUCCCACCUAGCAAAAUAUAAUUGAAAAGAUGUUGAAAGAAGACCAAUCGGUUGAAAGAUGUAUUUUCUGGUCGUUUUUUCAAUUACUUGAUAUUUCAUAUUUACAAUUUAAUAAUCAUAAUUAUUUAUGCAAUCAACUGACAAUUUUUGGGUGCAAUUAUAUUGACAUUGUUGCCCUACUUUUAUAAUAUCAGGGUUCAUUCUCACAUGUGCCAACCCAAAUGUACUAGAGCAUGAAAUUGGGGACUGGGCCCCGAUCCAACAACAUGUCUAUCUAGUGAACCGUGAAAAGAGAGAGAGAAGCUCCGCAGUGAGGUGGAAAGUUACUACGGAUAUUGCAGGAGUUUCCUCUUGAAAUCAGACAUGUCUGUUGUAAGGACAACUUGGUUGCUGAUUGUCUAAAGGGUGGGCAAUCAAAAAGGUUUGUGUUUUGCGUUUAGCCAUUGCGUUGCCAUGGAUCCCAAUUGAUUUUGACUGCACGUUAUUUUGACAGAGUUCUAGAAGCUAGUGAGUUUUUCAAAACUUGUGAGUUUCAGACAGAAAGAAAAAGGAGAAAAAAGAUUGUAGAAAAAUAUUUAAAAUGUGUUUUUGCUUGUUUUUAAUUGUUGCCUUCCAGUAGACGCCAUGUUUAUAUUGGUGAAGCAUUGUAGUUGAUUAUAAUGUGAUAUGGAAGUUUCCAACAAACAUUUCCAACAAAAAUAUAGGAUAUAUUUGUUGUCUUAAGGGGGGGAAGGUGUCACAGGCUUUGGUUUUUCCAUUUAUGUUUUGAGGUUGGACUUUAGCACUUAGGAAAGGGGGAUACCUAGUCAGUUGUACAACUGAAUGCAUUCAACUGAAAUGUGUCUUCGGUGCAUUGAUUGGUUUCACCUCGUUAGUCAGUAUGUGUUACACCUGUGCUGGCUUGUCCAUCUCGUUAGUGGGAAGGUGUUUCACCUGAGCUGGUCCAGGUUCUAUGUAAGAGUGUCUGGCCCAGUGCUCCAGUUGUCUUGAUAGAAGUGGAGAGGCAACAUCUUUAGUUGCACUACCUUUUUGGUUUGCUUCCUGUCUUUAAGUGUGGUGUGGGUUUUUCUUUUGUAUGCCUCUUCUUGGGCAGAUUUAGUGGGUGUCUUUUAGGUCCUAGUUGUUGUUACUAGUCAACUUUCAGUGGACACCCCCAUAGUGUCUUUCAGAACCCCUCCAAAACCCCCACCUGUUUAGUUGUGGUUGUUAGUGACUCUUUGUUAGUUCCCUUUUCUGUUUGAGCAACAUUUUAGAUUUGUUUUGUGGGGAAUGUAAAAACAAUGUAGUAAAACAAGCUUAUAUUUUGGGUUGGAUAUUGCAUCAUUUUUAUUUUUAUUUUUGAAUCAAUGGCAUUUCCUUAGAAUGUUCAUUAGUCUUUCAGUUGUUAGUCUUGUUUUUUUUAUCCUCAUGUUUGUUGUGUACUAAAUAUUGUUUUUCAUUGUUUUUCUCCUGUGAAGUCAUUGCGUUCCAUCCAUGUCUGAAAUGUGCUGUAUAAAUAAAGCUUGAUUUGAACAAACAAAUUAA